AUAUUGGGUAAAAUCUCGGCUCGCGGGGAGUCUCGGGAGCUGUUAUCGCGAGAGUACGGCGGGAGGCUCCUGGUCGGGGCUCUGCAACCGAGACCACUGGAGCCUCGGCGGGUGCAGCAGCUAGAGGACGGGUCCAGCGACGCGGCCCGGGGCCCGGAGUCGGCCUGGUGGGAAGAGGGUGCAGGGGGGUUGCAGCGGGCGCAGCCUUGCGCCCCGGAGCGCGCCCCUGUCCCUAGCCGGGCUCGCCCGCCUCGCUGAGGCUAGUCCAGCAGCUGCAGCUGUCAGGGGCCGCGCGCGCGGGACUGUGCGGGGUCGCGGCAGCCGCACCUGCGCGGGCGACCAGCGCUAGGUCUCCGCCCGGCCGGGCGGGCAUCGCGAGCCGGGGAACGGGUGCGGGUGCAGGCGGGGGCCCCGCAGGGCCACCUCCUUGCCCCGCAGCUGCCGCUGGAAAAUGUCUCAGGAGAGGCCCACGUUCUACCGGCAGGAGCUGAACAAGACAAUCUGGGAGGUGCCCGAGCGUUACCAGAAUCUGUCCCCGGUGGGCUCCGGCGCCUAUGGCUCGGUGUGUGCUGCUUUUGACACAAAAACUGGGUUACGUGUGGCAGUGAAGAAGCUAUCCAGACCAUUUCAGUCCAUCAUUCAUGCCAAAAGAACCUACAGAGAACUGCGGUUACUUAAACAUAUGAAACAUGAAAAUGUGAUUGGUCUGUUGGACGUUUUUACACCUGCAAGGUCUCUGGAGGAAUUCAAUGAUGUGUAUCUGGUGACCCAUCUCAUGGGGGCAGAUCUGAACAACAUUGUGAAAUGUCAGAAGCUUACCGAUGACCAUGUUCAGUUCCUUAUCUACCAAAUUCUCCGAGGUCUAAAGUAUAUACAUUCAGCUGACAUAAUUCACAGGGACCUAAAACCUAGUAAUCUAGCUGUGAACGAAGACUGUGAGCUGAAGAUCCUGGACUUUGGACUGGCUCGGCAUACAGAUGAUGAAAUGACAGGCUACGUGGCCACUAGGUGGUACAGGGCACCUGAGAUCAUGCUGAACUGGAUGCAUUACAACCAGACAGUUGAUAUUUGGUCAGUGGGAUGCAUAAUGGCGGAGCUGUUGACUGGAAGAACAUUGUUUCCUGGUACAGACCAUAUUGAUCAGUUGAAGCUCAUUUUAAGACUCGUUGGAACCCCAGGGGCUGAGCUUUUGAAGAAAAUCUCCUCAGAGUCUGCAAGAAACUAUAUUCAGUCUUUGACCCAGAUGCCGAAGAUGAACUUUGCAAACGUAUUUAUUGGUGCCAAUCCUUUGGCUGUCGACUUGCUGGAGAAGAUGCUUGUACUGGACUCAGAUAAGAGAAUUACAGCAGCCCAAGCCCUCGCACAUGCCUACUUUGCUCAGUACCAUGACCCUGAUGAUGAGCCAGUGGCCGACCCUUACGAUCAGUCCUUUGAAAGCAGGGACCUUCUCAUAGAUGAGUGGAAAAGCCUGACCUACGAUGAAGUCAUCAGCUUUGUGCCGCCACCCCUUGACCAAGAAGAGAUGGAGUCCUGAACACCUGGUGUCUGUUCUGUUGAUCCCACUUCACUGUGAGGGGAAGGCCUUUCCAUGGGAACUCUCCAAAUAUCAUUCAAGUGCCUCUGUUGCGAAGAUUUCCUCCAUGGUGGAAGGGGUGUGUGUGUGUGUGAGUGUGUGUGUACGUGUAUGUAUCUGUCUUUGUGGGAAGGUGAGAGAAUAAUAUGAGUAAACUAUGAUCACCGUGACUUUACAUGGAAUUGCAGAUGCUCCAUGGCAGCCUCCACUUCUCCAUUCUGAGAGUCAGCUCAGGCAGACGAGAACUGCCGUCUUGUUAGGACAAUGUUAAAUGCAAAGCAAAAAAAAAUUAAACAUCCCUAUCGCAGUCAUGCUUUUGCCACUUUGGCUUCUCCUGUGGCCCCACCUUGACGGUAGACAGUGGCAUAGAGCGGAGGCUCACACCUUCCGGUUGCUUCCGACUGGAAGCCGCCCCUCAGCGAUGCGUACAGCCGGAACGGACCAACUGGCCUGUUAACUUGCUUAGUGUGGUUCUCAGAACUUGACAGGUGUAUUUGAAACUGUAAAUAUGUUUGUGCCUUAAAAGGAGAGAAGAAAGUGGCGGCAGUUAAAAGACUGCCGCUGCUGAAGCUCUGAGCUGGGCAAGGAGACAGGGCUGUCGCAUGGCUGCUGUGGGCCCGGCGUAGCCAGGCAGCCCUCAGAGGCCGCCAUGUGUGCAGUGUGCGCAUGCAUAUAUGUGCAUUUCUCUCUCUCUCUCUCCCCCCUCACCUCUAGGUGUUGUUGCCAUUUCUCUGCUUACCCCUCACCUUCAGUGCAGAAGUUUCAUGCGUAUUGGCCGCAGUAGUCAGAACCAGGUUCUUGCUGUCGGUAUACUUCCUGUGUGCUCUUUAUUUCUAGCAGAGUGGGGAUGUGUGCUGCACGUCUUGCUAUCUGAGCAUGCACAGCUGCUUGUCCUGUUCUCUUCGGGAGGCCCUGGUGCCAGGCAAGUCUGCCAGCGAUGACUUCUUGGAUAGUUCAGAUCCUGUGUCACGUCAGCUGAUGUUAUGGGCAAGUGACAUCAUCCUCUCUUCAGCCCCCAGUGCUAUUUUGUGUUGAACACAAUUGAUAUACUCCAGGUGCUUUUGAUGUGAAAACCAUGCAAAAAUGGAACAGAUGGAUGUAUAGCAUUUUCAUUCUUGCCAUCUUUCAACAAACUAUUCUGGGGAAGCUAACAUGGGAAAGAUCAGGGCUUUCCCCAAGAAUAUCCCAAACUUUGGAAAACAAGUUGUUCUCUUUUCUCCCACUAACCAAUGCCAAGAAAUGCUGAAAAUAAAUGUGAAAAAUAAAUAUCAUGAGGCCAGAAACUCCUUUUGCUAUCUUUCUCUAAAUGUGGUUUUAAAAAAGAAUUGUAACAAGGUGUCUUUUCCACUCCUCUAUGGAAAAGAGUCUUCUUGGCAGCUUAACAUUGACUUUUGGGUCUUGGUUUGGGGAGAAAUAAGUUUUGUUUCAGAAUUUUAUAUAGCAUAGGAAUCCUUUGAGAAUGUGAUUCCUUUUGAUGGGGAGAAAGGGCAAAUUAUUUUAAUAUUUUGUAUUUUCAACUUUGUAAAGAUGAAAUAUCCUCAGGGGUGGAGAAGAGUUGUUUUCAUAAUUUUCUGAAUUUUAGGCAUUUUGUGCUACAUGAGGGCCCACAUAUUUAAGUCUUUGUGUAAUAAGAAAGUGUAAAGCCACUUCCAGUGUUGGCUGUGUGACAGAAAUCACGUAUUUGGGCCAAUGUGUUUCCAUUUCUUUAUCAGUGCAGUGAUGCAUGCACUCCAGAAGGCCAGGGUAGGACCCCUGAAUCAACUGGAGCAAGAAGGAAGGAGGCAGGCUGAUGGUGAGCCCACCUCACCUGGGAUUCUUCCCUCUUUCAAGGAAAGUGAACGUAAAGGCCUCAUCUCCUUUAUAUGCACUUCAAAUCCUCACCAUCCACAGCAAGAUGAAUUUUAUCAGCUAUGUUUGGUUGUAAAUGCUAGUGUGAUUUCCUAUAGAAAUACUGCUCUGAAUAUUUUUUAAUAAAGGUCUUUGCACAUGUGACCACAUACGUGUUAGGAGGCUGCGUGCUCCAGGAGCCUGGACUCUAAGCUGGAGCUCUCGGAAGAGCUCUUUGGUUUCUGAGCACAAUGCUCCCAUCUCCUGAUUUCUCUGAACAGACAACAAAGGAGAGAAUGAGGGAAACUGCUAUUUUAUUUGUAUUCAUGAACUUGGCUGUAAUCAGGUAUGCCAUAUAGGAUGUCAGACAAUACCACUGGUUAAAAUAAAGCCUAUUUUUCAAAAUCA